AUGCAGUAUUUGAAACUAACUCAGAGAAUAUCUUUAAUAUAGUUCAAAAAAAUUUUAAAAUUGGCUCAGCAGCACUUUCUAAAUUACCUAUUAUUGGAGAUCUUUUUAAAUUUCAAAUGCCUCCCUUGAUUAUGGAAUUGAUGAAAAGAAUUUGAAUAAAUUUAAAAACAGAGUAAGAAGUCUUAAUGAAAUACUAAUAAUUUUUGUUGUAAACCCAUAAAAUUAGAAAUUGAAGUGCAAAUGGUAGCGAUAGCUAUGGAAAAAAUAACAAUAGGUUGAUGGUAAAUAAAGAAAAAAACAAUUUUUAAUGAAAGAGUUGACGAUUUAUUUGCAAACGAAAGCGGUUCUUAAGAUUUAUUUAAGGAUAUAUUUGAUUUGCGGGACUGAAGAUGCAUUUAUCAUAUUAAGCUAUUUAGAAAGAAACUAAGAAAAGAUAUUAAAGGAAUAGAAGAAAAAGCUAAGGGAGAUAUUUGAAGAUGGAGUUAGGCAAUAUUCGUAUACCUCCCGUGAAGUGCAGGAGGAGGAUCAAGAAUGUUCCUCAAUAUGCUAAAUGAUUUGA